AUGGACAGAAGUAUGAAAAUUGAGGAGGAAGCUUUGUCCCAUGCUUUGUACAGGCCUAAUAGCCAACUCCAGAUUCAGUGUCAAUUCACUCUGUUUUCUCAGUUUAAAAGCCAGCAUUGUGCCUCAUUAGUUGGACCAAAUCUUACUGGAAUCAUGGGAAGUACAUUUAAUCCGCAGAUUUUAGUGGAAAAGCUAGCCAAGCUCAACAACUCGCAAGCAAGCAUAGAGACUUUAUCACAUUGGUGCAUUUUCCAUAUGAAUAAAGCAAGACAAGUUGUUGAAACAUGGGCUAGGCAAUUUCAUUCCGCUCCACGUGAUCAGAGAUUGGCUUUCCUCUAUCUUGCAAAUGAUAUUUUACAGAACAGCAGGCGAAAAGGUUCAGAGUUUGUUGGUGAAUUUUGGAAGGUUCUUCCAGAUGCUCUUCGUGAUGUAAUUGAAAGUGGAGAUGAAUUUGGAAGAAAUGCAGCACAACGACUGGUUGGUAUAUGGGAUGAGAGAAAAGUUUUUGGCUCUCGGGGUCAAAUUCUCAAGCAAGAGUUUGUGGGAAAGCACCUGGAAAAUAUUAAUAGAAAUGGGAAGCAUUCGGGUGCCAGACUGAAACAGCCUGCUGGAACUGCAUUGGACAAAAUAGUUUCAGAUUACCAAGUCAUAUAUGGGCAGAUGGAUGAAGACACUAUAUUGAGCAAAUGUAGGAAUGCUAUUAGCUGUCUUGAGAAGGUAGAUAAGGAAAUUGGUGGUGAUUUCAAUUCAGGGCAAUUUCAUGGAUCUGCAUUUGUGGAGGAGGUUCAAGGGCAGCAUGCUGUACUGAGGGACUGUAUUGAACAACUAACAGCAGUAGAAUCUUCAAGAGCUAAUCUUGUGUCGCACCUGAGAGAAGCUCUUCAGGAGCAGGAAUUCAAGUUGGAUCAAGUCCGAGACCAACUUCAGGCCGCACAAUCCCAGUCAGAGCAGGCCACUAAUAUCUGCCAUCGGUUAUUGAAUGGCAACAAUAUGCAGUCGGCAGCACACCAGAGCUCAAAAGAAGCUCAUACCUCUGUAGCACCCCACAGCUUUAUGGCGGUAGGUAGAGAACAAUCAGCUCCAGUAAUGUACACACAGCAGGUUCCUUUUCCCGAAAAAUCUGGCCAUGUGGAGGAUGAUCCCCGCAAGUCUGCAGCUGCUGCAGUGGCAGCAAAGCUGACCGCAUCAACGUCCUCAGCCCAGAUGCUCUCUUAUGUGCUCUCCUCCCUGGCAUCAGAGGGUGUUAUCAGCAAUCCAAUUAAAGAGCCUUCUGGGGAUUAUCCACCCGAAAAGAGGCCUAAGCUCGAGAAUGACCAAUCGUCAUCUUACGUACCCCAGAGCUCUAACCCAUCUCCAUCUCCUCCCAUCCCGCAUUCUAUUGUCCCUACCACCAACCAACAAUAUACCCCUAGUGAGGCACCACCUCCUCCAUCAUCUUCUCCUCCACCAUUGCCACCAUUACCACCAGUACCACAAUACCCGGUGUCCCAAUAUAUGCAGGGCGCUGUACCAUACAGCUAUAGCAUGGCCCAACAACAGCCACCACCCUCAAUGCCUGAUUACCCAGCAGGAGCUCCAGUAAAUGGCAUUUCUCCCUUCAUGGCACCAGGAAAUUCUUAUCCGAGUUUUCAGGGUUCAGAUGGAAAAUUCUACAACCAGCAAUCAUCCAUGCAAAUGACGCCAAUUUCUAGGCAAUAA